GAGCGGGGCCGCGCCCCCCGCGCCAUGUCGGCCGAGAAGCGGCCGCGCUCGGGCCGCGGCGGCGAGGGCAUCAAGUUGUCAGCAGAGGUCAAACCAUUUGUUCCAAAGCAUGCGGCGGUAACUGUGGCAUGGUCAGAACCCUCAGAAGCAUGUGUCUUUCCUAGGUACUUAACUACAUGCUACCCGUUUGUUCAGGAACCAUCUUUGGAUAAUGUUCUGGGAGAUGCUGCCUUCCGUGAAUACUCCAGCUGCUCUCACUCACCUGAUGUUGUUGCAAAUGUGUAUCCAGUAGCUGGCUCACAGUAUCAGUCUAACAACUCAACACACUAUAAUGGUUCAGGAGUAGUCAGUGAAUCUGCUGAACAAGCAUAUCCAGUCAGACAAGAAAGUAAGAGUCUUUCAAAGCAGAGAAGAUCAAAAGAAGGUGAGAAAAAACUGGACAAGAAAAGACAUGAUGGAGGUGAAGCUUCUGGCAGAAUUGGGAACAGGACUUCAUUCCAGAGUUCUGCAUGCAGCAGAGAUUCCGUCAAGCCAGACAGGUUCAGUAAAGCUACAAACAAGAAGUCAACUGAAACUCCAAAAGCAGAAUCUCAUCCUGUACCCACAUUUGAAGCUAGCAUUCUGGAUUUCCACGAGUCACAGAGUUUGGGAAGCAGUGAGAUACUGAACGUACACCAUAAAAAUACACCAGAAGAUACUUCUGCAAAAAGCAAAGUUUCACCAAAAGCUUCAGAUGAAGCAGGAGCCGAUUUAAUUCCAUCUUCUCUUGAUGGUAGGGCCCCUGCAGAUGGCUCUGCUCAGCCACACAUGUCUUGGGCCUCGGUACUUUUACAGCCCCCAAAGAAAAUUGUUUCAUCACCAGCAUCUGAAGGUCUUUCCAGAGGCAAAGGGAAGCAGGAGAGUGAACCAAAGCAGUCAGAAACAAAAAAUAUUGCAAGUGAAACUGAGCCUGAAGAAGGAUCAGAAAAGAAGAAAAAAAAGAAGAAAAAGAAGAAAAAACUGAAGUCACCCACUGAUGUAGAAAGACCUCAAAGUGAAUCUAACACAGUACAGGAACCACCAAAGAUUGAGGAUGUUGAGGAGUUUCCUCAUCUGGCAGCUGCUUCUGAUAGGAGAAACAGGGUAGGACCUCAGAAACCAUCCUUUACAUCUGCAGUCAGAAAGCAGUCUGAAAUCCAUCUCUCCGAAGAGCCUUGUGAUAGUCAGUCUCCCUCUCUGGAUGAAACUCCCAAGGUGGAUGGACUGUCAGGGAAACAAGCUUCAUCUUCUGUAUUAGAAAGAAAGAAAACUCAGGAAACAUCCAGGAGCAGUGGUAAGAAGAGUCAAAUUCCAGUGCAGUUGGAUUUGGGUGGCAUGCUUGCAGUCUUGGAGCAGAAGCAGCAAACAGAGAAGGCAAAACAGUCUCCUAAACCUGUGGUAUUUUCAGUUGGUGGUGCCGUACCAUUGCUAUCUAAAGACCCUGCCACCGCCACAAGAAGUCACCGUUUAAACCAAGGAAAGAUGCCUCAUAAUCCCUUGGAUUCCAGUGCUCCUUUGGUAAAGAAAGGGAAACAGAGAGAAGUACCUAAAGCAAAGAGACCAACACCCCUUAAAAAGAUUAUUCUGAAAGAAAGAGAACAAAGAAAACUGCAGCACCUGUUAGAACAGAAAGCAGCACCAAAAGAUGAAGAUAACAUUUGUCAGACAGAAGGAAAUGUUACUGAAAAUUCAACACUUCUACAGGAUAAUCAAGCAGCUCUUCCAGAAACUCAAGUUGCUGAAGGGUUUCCAGAGCACACAGGGAUCAAGGAAUCUAAAGAAGGUUCUGUGACUACAAAGCAGCUAACUGCCACUCUUCCAAAAAUUCACAGCAGGAAUUUUAGAGAUUACUGCAGCCAGGUACUUAGUAAAGAAGUUGACAGUUGUGUGACAGACCUCUUGAAAGAACUGGUUCGUUUCCAAGAUCGCUUGUAUCAGAAAGACCCAGUGAAGGCCAAGAUAAAACGCAGGCUUGUUAUGGGUCUUAGAGAAGUCCUGAAACAUCUGAAGCUGAAAAAACUGAAGUGUGUAAUCAUCUCUCCUAACUGUGAAAAGAUUCAGUCAAAAGGUGGGCUGGACGAGACCCUACACAACAUUAUUGACUGUGCCUGUGAGCAGAACAUCCCCUUUGUUUUUGCCCUAAAUCGCAAGGCCCUGGGCCGCUGUGUGAACAAAGCAGUGCCUGUGAGCGUGGUGGGAAUUUUCAGUUAUGAUGGGGCUCAGGACCAUUUUCACCGAAUGGUACAGCUGACAACAGAGGCUAGGAAGGCCUACAAAGAUAUGAUAGCAGCUUUAGAGGAAGAAGCUAAAGCAGGACUAAGAGAAACCCAGCCUAGCAUCUUAACUCCUGAAUCUGAAAAAAAUGGCAUGUUAGAAACUAGUAAAACAUCUUCCAAGGACUCAGAUGAGGAUGUACCAAAUUACAUUAAAGUCUGGAAGAGAAAACUUGAAGAAGAAUAUAACCCAUACGCACUAGAAUUGGAAAAGAGUGCAGCUGCUGACAUGGGGAUACUGAAUUUGGAAGACCAUCAGUAAAUCCAGAUCCAGCUCUAUUGGGCUUUUAUUUUUUUCUGUUAGAUCCCUAGGAAGAAGGUAGCAAAAAUAACAAUCUAAAGAAAUACAUGAAGUUAGCUAAGCAAACUGUUCUGAAUCCCUUAAAGCAAAAUGUACACUGGAGCACAUGAGGCACUGGUUAAUGUUUUUAUGUUGUGUGUGUUUCUCUGAUUAUUAUAGCAGAUGACAACACCAAAUUGUUGUAAGCCCAAACCACUUGAACUGGCUUAGCAUACUUUAAUGAUUAUAUGGACUAGCAUUGAUUUCUUGGGGUAGAAUAUACCAAAAGAAUCUGAUAGAAAAGUAAGUUUCUUCUGGAAGAGAUUCCUUGAGCCAGGGGAGUUGCCCUUAAUUUUUAACUCUGCAUAAAAAACUUCAACUGUUGUUUGAUUGUGGGUUUGUUCUUAGUUUUUUGUCUAAAUAAGUCUGCUCAGAAGGGCAGGCUGCUAUCAAUGUCACUUUAUUCUAGUCAGCAACAAAUUAAUUUGAGGCAGGUAGCUUGAUGUAAACUAAUUAAGAAAGGACAUGAUGACAGAGUUCUUUGUUGGCUCUUCUGUGUUGUUCUUUGGGGAUCAUACAUCAGGUGUUGAAGGAGAUAGCACAGACUACAAGGGUCUGAAAUUCCUUAAGUGAAUGUGCUCUGUUUAGACUUUUUAUAAAUUUGAUGUUUCUCUUGCUAGUGAGAGUACUUUGUCAUACAUCCUGCUUUGAAGUUAAAGGAUAUCGCAGGGCAGCAAAUGUGCUAGCCUGCUUUUCUGUACUUUCUCCUUGCUAAGACUCCUCAUUCCUUCAGUUUGGGGUUGUAUUGGUAUAUACAUCUAUGAGUUUUUGAGCAAUCCCAGUUUGUAUCUAAAUAGAAAAAAAUUUAUAUCUUAUAAGAAAUGAAGUUUGUAUCCUAGAGAAAAUAAAAUUUUAAAAACAAAAUGUGCUUAUAGUAGUGGUGGAGCACCUUAGUGGGAAUGGCCUAUAUACACACUGGUUUUUGAGGACAGGCCUAAAGAAGGUAAUUGAAGGGAUGCACAUAUAACUUGUGUCAGCUUUUCUGAAAGGUGAUACAGGUGCCAUAUGCUGCUCAGCAUCUCCGAGCUGUUUCUGCAAGCGCUUCACCAUACUGAACAUUUGUAGUGCAAUACUUUGGAAAGUAGCUGCCUUGUGAUGAUAGAAGUGAUAUAAAAAACUUCAAAUAAUUUUGAAAUGCACAGAGUUUUGUAGACUGUAAAUUGUAUAAAAUCUGUUACAAUAUAUUGAUUCUAUAAAGAAUGAGUGUGACUUAA